AUGUCCAUAUUGAAGUACAAAAACAACCCCAGUAUUACCUUGCAGGAAGGUUUAAAGCAUUACAUCACAAUUCAGAUAGUGAAGCAAAAUAAUCAGGUGAGUCGAUUUAUAAGCAGUAUUUGUCCUAAGGUUGAACAAGUUAUAGAAAAGUUAAAGCAGACAGCUGGAGGUUGGAGUCCUACUUGGCGUGGAGACGAUGAAUUCAAUAUAUUAAGUGUGACAAAUGGUAUUGAUACUUACAAGGUAAACCUACAACGACAUUAUUAUGCUUGUCGCAAAUGGGCUUUGAGUGGGAUUCCUUGUGUCCAUGCUAUGGUGUGUAUUUUACACAACAAGACUGAAGUUGAUAAGUACAUUUCCCAAUAUUAUAGGUAUUUUCGCAACUAA